GACUUUGCGGGCGACUCUUCAACUUCACUUCCAACAUUUGAGCACUGCACCGCCGCACAACAACGCGUCCGCCACACCUCUCCGAGCGCGUUCAACAUCUUUCACCCGCGCAUGGCACACCCUCCUCUUCACAUCGACUUCAGUGCGACCGCGAUUGUACAUACCACGACUCCGAACACGACACGGUGACGAUACUCGAGAAGAUUGCGCAUAACUGCAUCGAACCCGCAUAAACCUCAUCACCUCGCAUCGCGCAAGUCCCACACCCGUCGAGUCGCGCCGCGGACGCGCGCAUACUAUGAGCAAGCGGGGCGCUGGGAACUGGGGCGGCGACGAAGAACGCUACGGCGGAGCAUCAGGAGCAGACAUGGAAGGGGCCGACAAGCCCACACAGGCCACUGCGGCGCAGCUGGCGAGAAGAAAGCUGUUGAAGCCAAAAGCUCGCGCGGGCUCGGAGCGUGGUCGUAGCGACUCUCCGGCAGUGCAGCCACAGGUCAACCCAUUCAAUGCGCCGACAGCGAACCCGUUCACAUCGACAAGCUUCAAUUUCACUGCAAGCCAGCCCCAACAGUCGAACGGCACCGCAUACCAGUUUGGCCAGUCCACGCCGGCUUCCGCGAAUCCACCGCAACAAAACGGUGCGAACAACCUCUUCUCGCAAUCAUCAGCGCCCACAUUCGGCGGUUUUGGGGCUCCGACACCGCAAACACAACCACAGCAGAACGGGUUCAACGCCUCGACAUCGCUCUUCAACCAACCAUCGCAGCAAAACAGCACGCCGAGCUUCGGUGGAUUUGGGCAGACUCAGAGUCAGCCAUCUCAGCAGAACGGCACGACGACUCCUGCAACGAGCUUUGGUGGUUUUAGCAACGCGUCGCAGCCGAGCAAUCAAGGCGGUGCAGGCAUGAAUGUCAACGCCUUUAACGCUUUCGGCAAGCAGCAGGAGAACAACAACCAGUCAUCAAAUACAUUCCCCGGCUUCGGCCAGAAGCCUCAAGAGAAUGGUACGCCUGCGCCCGGUAGCUUCAAUGGCUUCGGACAGCAAACACAAGAGAACGGCAGCAGCAGAGCAAGUACACCAGCAUUUGGCGGUCUCUUUGGACAAAAAGCACCAGAGCAGAACGACAAGCCGGCCAGCGACUUGUUCGGGCAGAAAGCAUCAGACACCAAUGCUCAGCCUACAAAUCCUUUCAACGGCUUUAAUGGUUUUGGGCAACAAAAAUCGGCGGAAAGCAGCAAAUCGCUAUUUCCAGCUACACAAGCUCCGGAGCAGACGCCGAAGACCGCGGCGACCACCAAUAUGUUUGGUCAGCCACCCUCUUCGCAGGCCGCAGCGCCGUCCACAGGACUUUUUGGUUCGACCACAGCAGGCAGCACUGCACCAGGCACUGGACUUUUUGGCGCCAACCCAUCGAGCAGCACGACUGCGCCAGGCACUGGACUUUUUGGCUCCGACCCAUCGAGCAAUGCAGCUGCAUCAAACACUGGGCUGUUUGGCUCAAAGCCUGCCACGACUGAACCUAACAAGAGCGGCGCGAGCAUAUUUGACAACCUCCCAAAGAAGGACACGAGCAGCUUGAAGAUCAACUUCUCCUCUGCAGACCCAUCGCAGGUCUAUCGUGGCGAAGACGACGACGAUGAGAAUCAGACCGCAAGCCCAGAGAAAGACGCCGAGAAGCAAGCAGCACCGAUGAACAUCUUUGGCAACCUAGGUCAGUCGCAGCAGACUCCAAAGCCCGCGUCAAACAUCUUUGCGGCAUCCUCGCAGACACCCUCUCUUUUUGGCAGCACCGCUGGUCAGAAAGAUGCGAACACGAGCACGAUUGGCGCUACCCCUCAAAAGUCGUUGUUCCCCAGUUCGACACCUGCUGCCACACCGGCGGUGUCAAGCACGCCCGCAACACAACCCCCUCGCUCACUCUUCGACCGCAUCAACAAGCCGGCGCCCGAAGAGACGCCAAAGGCUCCACUAUUCAGCGCAACGCCGGCAUCGACGUCCACUGUGAAGUCACUCUUCCCUGCUGCGACACCAGCUGCGACAUCCACACCAGCCGCCACUCCUUCGCUCUUCCAGAAGCCGUUGACGCCCGCCGAGGAUGAAACCCCCAAAGCCGCGCCGCCAAAGAACAUUUUCGCGCCAUCGACCGCAGCGCCUUCGACACCAGCGACGGCGCCUUCAGUACCAACAGCGCUCUUCAAGGCUCCACCAGCUACAGCACCUGUUGCACGCACAACAGCGCCACCUGCCAACUCUGCAUCUACGAGCUCGAGUACCAACACUGCGCCUUCGAAAUUGUCAGACUCGCAACAGGCGAGCAUGAAGGCUCUCAAUGAGGGCGUGCUCGCUCACCUGAGAAAUCAGCGGCCAGACGUCGACUGGAGUCCCAUCUACAGAUAUGCAUUGCAGAUGGCCGCGCAGAUCGCUGGUCGACCAGCUCCUUUAGACGCCGAGCUCAAUCCCACGCCAACGGUCCCGCCCUCUUUUGCGCCCAAGAGCGGUGCAUUUGCUACUGGUCCUGCCAAGUCUACGACCACGGCCUCAAACGCAGCACCAUCACAUUCAGCUCUGUUUGCACAGACACCAAAGGCCGCUCCAGCUUCAUCCUCGAUCACCCAGGUCCCAGCCACAGCACCUUCAAAGAAGCGCCUCUUUGAAGAAGAUAUCGACGAGCGAGUGCCUGCAACAGAGAAGCGAAGCAAGCCAAACGAGACUCCUUUAUAUCCAAAGCUUCCAGACACCGCAAGCAAUACAGCCAAGCUUUUCGCGUCGACUCUUGACAAGCCUGCCGCAUCUGAUGCUGCGAAGUCUACGUCGUCUUCUGGCUUCACUCCGGCUACGAAAUCAUUGUUCUCCGCAUCUGGGGCGACUCCCAGUGCCACUCCAGCAACUGGUGGCUUCAAGCCAACUUUCGGCAACGCAUCAGCUUCGACUCCUGCUACCACCGGGGGUUUCAAGCCCACCAUGCCCGCUGGCAGUGCUGGCAGUAGCUUCCUCUCCUCUUUCGGCGCAUUGGCAAAGAAGCAAGAAGAGGCAGACCGUCAGAAGCGCAAAGACAACGACUUUGACAGCGAUGAGGAGACAGAAGAGCAAUGGGCGCAGCGUGACAAGGCUGAACAGGAAGAGAAGCGACGCAAGUUUGAGGAGGCCGCCAAGAAAGCACCAUCCUUCUCGAUCGGAGCUGCAACGCCCAAGCCUGCGACAGCUGAGGCAGCAGAGAAGGCUCAAGGCACUGGCGACAAGACCUGGAAGCCUGAGUCGCCACUGAAAUUCAACAUCGGCGCCACUACCACGCCAGCCGCUGCUCCACCGAAAUUUGGCAAUCUGUUUGGCUCGUCCACUGCCAAUGAUGCCAGCAGCAAGUUGUCCGCCCCUGCCACAUCGCUCGACGCGUCGCGUGCCACUACUCCGGGAGCUACCACUGAUGGCGAAGCUGCUACUACCACGAACGGCGACAAGGCAGCAGCAGACGAUGGAGAGCCCAGCGACGAGCCCAACCAGCCACAGGCAUCAGACGAGAUCAAUGACCUUCAGCCAGCGGAGCGUGAGGCUAACGACGUGUUACUCGAAGUCGAAGAUGUUCGCACUUCCAAGAUGGAGAAGGAUGAAGAAAGCGGCAAGCAGAUAUGGAAGCCGAAGACGCGAGGCAGAUUCUUCAUACUCAAGGACAAGAGCACCGGCAAGAUCCGUAUGCUCUCGCGCACUGGUGCUGGCAGAACGGUCCUCAACCACUUCGCCAACAAAGAAGCUACAUUCAAGGUACACCCUAAGAAGGCAACCAUGAUCGUCGCUUCCAUGUUUGUCGACCACCUACACACCAACCCACCUGGACCAGGCCAGUGGAUGUUCAGCACUCCCGACCAGGAUGACGCUGCAAAGAUCGCCAAGAUCUUGACAGAUGGCACACCAAAGUAGACAUUUGGUAAGACCACUGUCGACACAAGGCAAAGCCGACCGCGACGAGGUUCACGGCACGUGCUUUCUACAACGAAUUCCCGAUUGAUUGAUUGAUUACCUGUACGAUACACCGCGGUUUCAUGGCACGAGCAAAAAGCGUUGGACCGCAACAAAAUGGAGACUGGCAUUGACAGAUGUACUGCUUUGGAAUGCAUGGCGAGGAUUUGUCUGAUAGACAAUUGCGUAAGUAUAGCAUUUGCAAUGGCGUUGGGAGACUUGUUUAUAUGGGCUGAGGAGGAGGUUUUGAGAAGGCACAGCAACCAGCCAUGCGGCGUGCGUUCCAUGGCGUUCUCACGACAGAGUUGUCGUAAUGUGUGUGUGUGGGUGGCGGACUUCGAGGUUCAUUCCGCGCAACGAGAUACUCGAGGUAGAUGUAUACCAUUCAUGAGGCAUGAUGUGCCUGUUACAUUCGCCUUUCUCCCCCA